AACAAGAACAAGAAAAAGAACAAGAACAAGAACAAGAACAAGAACAAGAACAAGAACAAGAAAAAGAAAAAGAAGAAGAGGAAGAGGAAGAUAAGGAUAAGCUUUCCUGGGAGCCUCUGUCCUCUGGGAUCAAUCUCUUUAGUCUGAGAAAGCCAAACAUAGACGACAUGAGGGGUCAGCCGGGAGGAGACAUGUGGUCGCUGAAAAACUUUGCCUGUUAUUUGACCUUUGACCCCAACACUGCCAACUCAGAGCUCCAUCUGAACAACCGCAACAGGAAGGUGACAAGAGUAUGGUCGGACCACUGGCCCACGGACCACCCAGACCGGUUCAAGCGUUGCUCCCAGGUCCUGUGCAGGGAGGGGCUGCUGGACUCUGUGUACUGGGAGGUUGUGUGGAGCGGUGGCGCUGACAUCGGCGUCACCUACAACAGCAUCUCCAGAGACGGAGACACGGUGAGCUGUCUGCUGGGACACAACGACCGGUCGUGGAGUCUUGAGUGUUCAGAAGGAAGCUACACACCGUGCCACCAUAACAAGAGGUUCAGGUCCUCCUCGCCCCAACCCUUCACCCACAGAGUCGGGGUUUUCCUAAACUGGUCUGUAGGUGCUCUGUCCUUCUACUGUGUCUCUCAGGACACCAUGGUUCACCUUCAUACCUUCACCUCCACCUUCACUGAGCCUCUGUACCCGGGUUUCUGGGUCUGGGCCUAUGACGGCUCUGUGUCGCUGUGUCAGGUGGAGUUAGACUGGGAACGACUGCUGCAGUGAACCACUGAUAAAAGGUUGGGACAUAGGGGUGACGUGGAGGGCAAGGAUCACAGAGGACUCAAGCUGAUUGGUUGAUCCAAUUGCUGUCUGGAGGUGACUGUAAACAUUAUGCUCCGUACAUAUAAAAAAUAAACCAUGUUAGCAUUUCUGGAUCAACCCCUGAGUCCGUUCGCCUCCAUUUAGUGUGGAGAAAUAUGUUUCAGGCUUAAGGUCUGGUCACAUCAGAAAGUGGCACAGCAAAAUUCAACUGUGUGACGUCUUUGUGAGAAUAACUGGCAGCAACUGAAGACUUCAAAUUAGACUCUUUACACAUCAUAUAUUGUAUGAUUUUAUCUGUCAACCUCAACUGACCCAGACCGGAACAAACCCAUCGUUUGUCUCAAAUCAGAUUAAUCAUGAUCUCAACAGUCCUAAUGUGUGUCUCCACCUUUAGUUGAUUUAACACUUGAAUCACAUCCAUG